AUUCAAACGCGCUUUCUCUUUACAUGAGCCUUGACUGCGUUCGUUCAGGAUGAUAUUUAUCUUUACUUUGAAGGCUACUACAUCCUGAGACGAUCGUAGACACAUUCGUAUAGAUGACCGUAGGUGCGAGCAAGGGAUAGCUCAUUCUUUUUCCUCGCUCGUUUCUUAAGCAGCUUUCAGUAACUUUCGCCUCUUCGUCUCUACACCCAUUUCUUAUCAUAUUCACACUGAUCGCCGUCCUCACACUGUUCAUUUAUCGUUCCCUCUUCAAGCCUUUAACCAUGCCUUCCAGUUCUAGUACUGCGCUCCCAUCCUCAGCUACCUACGAGCACCACAACAAGCGCCAUUCUUCUUCCUCUUAUCAAAAAUCAAGACUUUUCAUGGAUACUUUUUCCAGCAGUGCCAGCAACGGAUGUCAUACCAUUCACAGCUCCCGUCAUGAACUCGACGAACCAUCACGCUUUGAGCGUUCUUCAAAGCGGGGGUCCGUCAUGCGACCAUGGACAAACGCAGAACAGGAAUCGCUGUACAUCGCAGUCGAAAGGUUCAAGCUGUUUGGCCAGUGGCACGAAAUCAAGGCUCGCAUGAACCUCGAUCGUAGUCUAACAGAAAUUGAAAACGAGUACAUGCGACUUUAUGCGGAGAUACCUGGUUCGGACGAGGAAUCGAUGGACUACGACGACCCAUAUCAAGGCACGGAGCAGUGCUCGGCACUCCCGACGCUACCACUGACUGUCGUAUCCUCUAGUGCACUCAGCGCAUGUUCUUCUCAGGGCAGCAUUACUGCACUUUGCGAUCGCGCGAGGGACUCGACGAGCUGCUUGAUACCGGGACAACAGAUCGUCGAUGCUGACGGCGAUGACGAACUGGAUGAUGAAGAAGACGAGCCCCAGCGCCAUCCACAACGCUACCAACACAUUUCCACCGAUACUCGACCCCAACGCAUGGUGCGGGUGUGGACUCAGGAGCAAUCAGAAAACCUUAGAAAUCUGAUCGAGGUUCACUUUCCAGGCGCCUAUCGUAUCAACUGGGUGUGGGUCGCGGCUCAGAUGGGGAAUAUAUUCACGCGCAAACAAUGCAAGAACAAAUGGGAAAUCAUACGCCGUCGCAUGGGUACAGAGAAAGAGAUCAACCAGUUGAAGCGGGGAUACCAGGAGUUCAGACCGUCCUGGCAACAGAUUCAGGAGAAAUAUAUGCCGGAAUGGUCUCGCGGUGGCAUCUCUACUAUGUGGAACCUCUUGGAAACGCGCGGAGCGGAGCAGCAGCAACAACAGCAGAGUGCCCAAAAAACAGGGCAACGAGCCGUUCGUGGAUUGCAUCACGGUCGCUAUCAUUCGACAUCGUCCUUGAAGAUUUUUCAACGCGCAAGCACGUUGAAAGAGUCGUUACCAGCACUCAGAACCAUGGGUGACCAGUACGACGUACACGCUCAAUGGAGGAAGAUCCUUACUUCUGAGAGCGCGGCGAUGGAUCUCAGCCUACUGGCGUUUCCUGGUCGUUCGACGGUUAAGGAGGUGCAAUUGCGACCAUUCGUAUGUCUAAUGAAGGAGCCAAAGAGAACCUUUCUCUCAGCGACUCGACAUGUACGAUAUAGGUCCGACAUCCCGAUGGUGCACCCUUCAGAGACUUUGAGCGACUGUAGCCAUCCCACGACUUAAGCAGAACCAUUGUCAAGACGGUCUGAAUAGCUGAUACGCCAGCAGUUUUCAAACCAUUGAAAGUCAACUGGAUCAAGAUUCCAUCGAUAUCAGCAAAGCAACAACAACCAACACCAAAAGCAAUGGAAUGUUGCAAUAGAACAGGUGGUAUGAAGG